AUGGCUCCUCCAAAUCAAUUAUGCUUAGUUUUAGUUAUUUUCUUAUCAGUCUUUUCGCUUUCUUCCUUGUCAACAAGUGCAAUUAUUCCAAAGGCUAAUGUUUCCCUUUCGAUACCUUCAUCGCAACUAGUAGAAAAUUUAUGCAACGGCAAGGCAAUUCAAAAUCGCAGGUUUUGCCUGAAAGCACUUUCCACUCCCGAAGUUAUUGCGGCAAUAGAUACAACUGAAUUAGGAACCCUCAUUAUGAAAUUAGGAGCAGCAAAUGCCAAAGCGAUGUUGAAUGUAUAUAAUGGAAUAAUUAAGAAACUAGGUUCUCCCCAGGCUUUGAAAGCCCUUAAUUGUUGCGUUGAGGCAUACAAAUACGCAAUCUUAUCAUUUGAAAUGGUAUCUUCAAAAUUGGUUGAAGAUCCCCAAACCGCAAACUAUGAUGUAGCUGUUAUAGGUCCCGAAAUUGCUAAUUGUGAAAAGGAACUGAUUAACGUAAAGGUUCAAGCACCUCGACUCCUUGCUGGGAAUCGAUUUAUGAAAUAUUAUGUCUCAAUGGGAUAUGAGAUAACAUCAACACUGGAGCUUGAAAAUCCAAAUGAGUAUUAG